ACCACUUAGUUACAGUGGAGGAUGACUGGAUUCAGGAUGAAGGGCAGCAGGGAGUUCUGCUGGAGCAGAUGGUGGGCGUCACCGUGUCUGUGCUGAGAGGACGUGGCAGUACACACAACGAGAGUGGUGUCGGGCUGGUGUCAGACAGUGCUGAAGUGACUCAAGUCACUAAUUUUAGAAAGGACAAAGAAGAGAUAAAUAAAUCUAUUGAAAAUUUUAUGUAUCGUGGUGCCUUUCUCGGCUAUGAUAAAGAAACACCAGAUUUAACAAAAAUGACAGAAAAUGUGACAAUUUACUACUACGACGAACAGAACGACAACGACAAAGAAACCAACCACAAUGGAACAGAUUCGGGUUAUAUGGGACUGCCGGUUGUCUUGAAUUUCACAGCAACUUCAAAGUUCCUAAAGUGUUCUGGUACUCAAACUGAUGUAACGUUGAGAGUUGAGGAAUGUGAUAAGGAAGACCUGAAGGAUAUCUAUCAUGGAACAGAGCUCAUGUCAUAUUUAUUCUACAUGAAGGCAAAGGCAAGUACCGAGCGUACUUUUGAAUCAGCAAGGUUUAAAGGUUGGUUUGUGCACACUGUCUCACCAGACAAGGUGAAUGCAACACAGACACAAGCACCAGAUGAUACAUUGUGCUUUCUUAUCCGUUCCAUUUAAACUGCAG